AUGUCGGAGAACAAGAGCCAAGAGAAUUCUCCCAAAGAUGGAAAUCUCCCUCAAGAGUCAUCUUCAAGGUCUGAUAUUCAGUUACCUGUGAACUACAUCUAUAACCUUCUUCAGGAGGAGCAAUACAUGCCGUGCAUUGGUUCCACCACCUCCGAUUUCCUUCUUGCCAUGCUUGACUAUGUUACUGACUACAUCCUGGAACUAGUAGGCUCAGAGGCCAGCAAUAGCAUUAGAAUGGACAUGAAUGUGCAGAAUGGCGGGGGAGAUGGUGACAACAAUGAACGCCCUGAUAUCUUCAAAGAUACAUCGUUCUCUUUGUUUGACAACAUGACUGGACCCAGAAGAAGUGGCUGA